AUGGUUAGAUACAAAAUGUAUUUUAAUAUCGUUAAUCUGAAUGAAGCAUAUGAAAAUUAUCAAAAAUUAAUAUGCACUGGAAAACGUGAUGCUAAUGAAGUGAGUUUAGAUUUACUUAACAAUUCGGAUUGGGUCAGUGAACGACCAGAUGUAGCUGUUCAAACUGCUGUCUGGCAUUUUAGCGUAACUAGUAUGUUUGUUCCAGCUCGACAAGGUGAUUUUGCAGCCACUUCUCGGAUCAUUAACGAAAUACAAGAAUGUGACGGAGGACCAGGAGAUCCGAUGCAAAAGACACGAGUGAAGACGUAUAAACGAAUUCGACAAUGCUUUGGACUAGAAGAACAAGCAAGGAAACUUACAUGUUAA